CGCUAGGUUUUGAGACACUAUCAUUAGUUCUUCUUGCCCCCCGCAUCUUUGCGCUUUAUAGACCUCAAGCACUUACUCCUGUAUCUGUAACUCACACCGAGCAGAACCUGUUGCACGCAGCCUGCUGUGGAGCUCUCGCGCGUAGCCGGACAGCAGGAAAACUCCUGCAGCUCUCACACACAACAGCAGAGUUCGGUGGUGACACCAGGAGGAAAUAUCUUUAGCGUCACUGAACACCUUCAAGAGACCCCUACAGGUCAGUGCACUUCAAGACCACCUCUAGUGAGCAGCAGACAUGGUGGACACACAGACGUUUGCCUGGCCCGUGGGAUUCGGCCUGAGUGCUCUGGAACUGGACGAACUUGACGACAGCUCACACUCAAUGGACAUGAAACCUUUCUCCACGCUGGACUACACCACCAUUUCCGGCAUCGAGUAUGAGCCGAGUCCGCCGCAGAACGAGGUGCCUCACAUGAUGGAUCUGACGCACAUGUACAACUACAGAGCGCAGGAGAACUUCAGGAUGCAGGAGAGCAUCUACAGAGCUCACGAGAGCAGCUACAGAGCACAUGACAGCAACUACACUGCUGAAGAGAGCAACUACAGAGCACAGCAACCCCAAAAUUCAAUCAAACUUGAACCCGAGUCUCCUCCACAGUUUGUGGAGAACAGCCUGUCAUUUUCCAAAUCUCAUGAAGAUCCGUCCACGUCAGUGUUAAAUAUCGAGUGUCGUGUGUGUGGAGACAAGGCCUCUGGCUUUCAUUACGGCGUUCAUGCCUGUGAGGGCUGCAAGGGAUUCUUCCGUAGAACCAUUCGACUGAAGCUGGUCUAUGACCACUGCGACCUGCACUGCCGCAUCCACAAGAAGAGUCGCAACAAGUGCCAGUACUGUCGCUUUCAGAAGUGCCUGAUGGUUGGCAUGUCACACAACGCCAUUCGUUUUGGUCGAAUGCCCCAAGCCGAGAAAGAGAAGCUCUUGGCGGAGUUCUCCACUGACAUGGACCACAUGCACCCUGAAUCGGCUGAUCUCAGAGCUCUGGCUAGACAUCUCUACGAGUCCUAUCUGAAGUACUUCCCCCUGACCAAAGCCAAGGCCAGGGCCAUACUCUCAGGAAAGACCAGCGACAACGCACCUUUCGUUAUUCACGACAUGAAGUCUCUGUUGGAAGGCGAGCAGAUGAUCAACUGUCGGCAGAUGCCCAUGCAGGAACACAGGAGAUCCGACAUGGGCAUCAUGCACGAGGUGGAGCUUCGCUUCUUCCACAGCUGCCAGUCGCGUUCGGCCGAAGCCGUCAGCGAAGUCACCGAACUCGCCAAGAGCAUCCCGGGCUUCGUGAACCUGGACUUGAACGACCAGGUGACGCUCCUUAAGUACGGCGUCAUCGAAGUCCUCAUCAUCAUGAUGGCACCCCUCAUGAACAAAGAUGGCACCCUCAUCUCCUAUGGCCAGAUCUUCAUGACCCGUGAGUUUCUCAAGAGCUUGCGCAAACCCUUCUGUGAAAUGAUGGAGCCCAAGUUUGAGUUCUCCGUCAAGUUCAACAUGCUGGAGCUGGACGACAGCGACAUGGCGCUGUUCCUGGCUGUCAUCAUCCUGAGCGGAGAUCGACCAGGACUGCUGAACGUCAAGCCCAUUGAAGAUCUUCAGGAGACGGUUCUUCAUUCUCUAGAGCUGCAGCUGAAGAUGAACCACCCAGACUCUCUCCAACUGUUCGCCAAAGUUCUUCAGAAGAUGACUGAUCUGCGGCAGCUAGUGACCGACCACGUUCAGCUGAUCCAGCUGCUGAAAGAGACAGAGGUGGACUGGUGCUUACACCCGCUUCUGCAGGAGAUCAUGAGGGACUUGUACUAGAUGCACACUGUAGUGAUUCUGAGUUUGUUUGGUUUACUGCUCUGAUGUAUUCGGUGAUGUUUUUUGCACUGUAAAAAAAAAAAAAAAACUUU